CUUGCUAAACCAAAUAAACAGAAUGAUAACAAAAGGGCAGAGUACAAAAGGCAAAUGCGAACAGGGCGCAGGUAAACAAAAUGCUGGCCAAAAAUAAAUAUGUGCCGCGCGUAAACCAGAUAGAUGCUAUUUACCUCAACAAGGACAUAUCCCGCAUGAUACGGGAUAAUCUGCUGGAGAAUUUACAAGCCAUAUCGCCCGUGCUGUUUAUCAAAAUACAACCAGAGUUGGAUUUACUUAUACAAUCGGCUAUUUGGUUUGGAUCCGUGGGCAAACGUUGCUCCACAUUUGGCCAGCAGCUGCUGGUAUUAGCCUACGACGCCGAGAAACUAACUGUUUCCCGAUUGGCCCUACACUUUGCGUUAACCGUGCUGCCGGGCUAUGUGAAGAGCUGGGAGGAGAAGCGUUUGUCGCGCCAUGUCGAAUGGUUCAGCCGGGCCAUUACAUGGACAGAGAACAGUGCCUUGGUUCUGAACGUGCUCAACUACUUUCGGUUUCUAAAGACUGGACGAAAGCCCACACUGAUUGACUAUCUGCUGGGCUUGGACUACAUCAGUUUGCGCAACAAUCAAAGACGCGACAUUGGCUACAAAUACCUGACACGUGAACUGCUAUGGGGCGGCUUUAUGGAAAUUCUGGGUCUAUUGCUGCCGAUUAUCAAUUUUCGUAAAAUCCAAAGACUUUUGAAGGCUGGCUUUUUCGGAGAGGAGGGUCAGCACGCCCGGCGGCGGGAAAGUGCUACGAGAGAUCUUGUUGCCGCCAAAAUGACGACGAACACCACUUGCAGCUACUGCGGCGUACGUCCUACGCUGCCCCAUCACAUGGGCUGUGGGCACAUAUAUUGCUAUUACUGUUUAAGCGCCAAUUUAUUGACAGAUGCGAACUUUAUUUGUGUUAAGUGUGGGGCCAGCUGUCCAGAGAGCGGUGUACAAAGUGUAUAAUUAUUGUGUUUUGUGAUUUUUACAAUAGAUUUAAAGUAUUUGUAUGCAAAAUUGCGGAAGGAAUGAAAACUUUUUUUCACUCUGUU